GGGAAGGUUGGCUUGACAGACUACACAUACACAAUACACAAGACAUACACACUCUCUACUUUGCUCAUUAUCUGCAACUGUAUAACCUUCCUCUUCCUUGGAGUGAAAUUGCUAAGCAGCAGACACCGCCAUGGCCAAUUUCACCUUCAUUACAUCAGACCUUCCAAACCCAACCACCAAAACGUUGCUUCUUAGCACCGUCUCUACCACCGCCGGUUUCUGCUCGUUCAAUGGCUCGCUACACCCAUCGACCCUAUAUUAUUUCCCGUCUUCAACCUCUCCUUCCCUUUCAAUGAAUUCUUCGCCCGAGAAACUGCACACCAGGAGCACGAGAAGUCGGCACGGCUUCGACUUUUGUUGCAAAGCAAGUGAAGUGGCGAAUGCCCCAGUGGAAGAGCAAAUAGCUGAGAUGGAAGUUGCUGGUGGUUACACGAUGACUCAGUUCUGCGAUAAGAUGAUAGAUGUUUUCUUGAACGAGAAGCGGAGAGCGAAAGAAUGGAGGAAAUACCUGGUGUUUAGGGAAGAAUGGAAUAAGUACAAGGAUAGAUUCUAUAGCAGGUGCCAAAUGAGGGCCAGCAUGGAGACUGAUCCUGCUCUGAAACAGAAGUUAAUUUCACUAGCAUCCAAGGUGAAGAAGGUAAGGUUAUGAGUAAAUAGCUUCCAACUGCUUGGCUUCUCUGUUCUCAUCCAGGGAAACGGAACUUUUUGGUGUUGAAGAUUAAGUUUAGGAUUGGCUUUAUAUUGACAGAAGUCAAAUGUCACCUGAUUGAAAUUGGGUUUAGGACCAGAUAAUGAUGCAUUUUAGUCAUGGAACUCUUCGAUUGGUUUCCUGGGUGUUGCAUUUUGCAUUAAAUUGGGAGGUUAAAAGUAUUGAGAUACAUCCUCUUCGCGUUUAGAACUUCCUAUGUUCUGUGUACUCAGGAAUGAGAAUUGCAGAUUGAUGAUGAGAUGGAGAAGCACAAUGAACUUCUUAAGGAGAUCCGGGACAACCCAACUGACCUGAAUGUAAUAGUUGCAAAGCGGCGCAAGGACUUCACUGGGGAAUUUUUUCGCCACCUUGGCCUUCUUUCAGAAACCUACGAUGGUCUGGAGGACCGUGAUGAUAUAGCAAGACUUGGAGCUCGGUGCUUGUCUGCUGUUAAUGCGUUCGAUAGUACACUGGAGAAUCUGGAGACAUUAGAAUCUGCCCAGACCAAAUUUGAUGACAUACUAAAUUCACCAACCAUUGAUGCCGCAUGUGAAAAGAUAAAAAGCCUAGCCAAGGCGAAGGAACUUGACUCAUCCUUGGUUUUAUUGAUAAACAGCACAUGGGCAGCAGCAAAAGAGUCCACUAAUAUGAAAAAUGAGGUGAAAGAAAUAAUGUACCAAAUAUACAAGACUACCAAGAGCAGUCUCAGAAGCAUUGCACCUAAAGAAAUAAAGCUGCUCAAGCAUUUACUGAACAUCACAGAUCCGGAAGAGCGAUUUUCAGCAUUGGCAACAGCUUUCUGUCCUGGUGACGAUCAUGAAGCCAAAGAGCCAUAUGCCUUAUACACAAGUCCCAAGGAGCUGCACAAGUGGAUCAAGAUCAUGAUUGAUGCUUAUAAUUUGAGUAAGGAUGACACAGGUAUUGCAGAAGCAAAACAGCUUAGUCAACCGGUUGUGAUGCAGAGGUUGCUGAUCCUACAAGAAACUAUCGAACAGGAAUACAUGGAGAAGACUACAUUUCGAACGCAAACCAAAGAUGGAGAAAUCACGGAAUCAUGAGUGAUGUCGCCAUUUUUUUAUCUUGAUACUGCGUUUUGAACUGUGCUGAUAGAGCCAGAGAUACAGGAACAGUGUAGCUACAUAGCAGCCAUUUCCUUAAUGUUGCAGCUUGAAACUCUACAAAAACAAAAGUAUACGAGAGCUCUCCAUCUGUGGUUGGGUUUUUGUAUCAACUUUUAUAGUAGUCUUGUUGUCCAGCGACAAUUCGUGACAUUGGAGAUUUGCAAUUGUGCUAGUGAAUUCCAUUGUGACCUCAGUUCCUUAUGGCC